AGGAGCCUCACUUCGAGGUGUGUUAGGCAAAAGCUGGGCAAGCUGGUCGAACUGGUUGGUCGAUUCCAUCAGCCUGUCGGCAGAAGUCAGCCAUAACCGCGUGAAAAGCCAAGGCUUCCGUUCAACCCAAAAAUGUCUCAAGAGCCGGAGACAAGUAAAGGAAGAAGGGCGGCCCAUCCGAUUCGCCGUUGGCCAAUUUUAACUGGUAGGGGAAUACAUUACGGGCCGUCUCGGGCUCGGCAGGGGCACAAUUCGGUUCUUUACCUACAUUGUAGUAGUGUAUGUAUCCAGGCACUACUAUGUAAUUAGUGUAUGUAUCUACCCCCAGGAUCCCAGAAUUGGCCCGUGUCUUUUUAGACCGCGUGCAACUAGCGUGUGUUCAUCCCUCGUUUCCUCCACCACCACCCACACACACCCCAACCUCCAGAACCAUGGGGUUUCGUAGUGUAGUUAGUGUAUGUAUGGUAUGGGAACUUUGCACGCACUUUGCCCAUGCACGGCUCGGUGUAACAACGACCACCGCUACGAUUUCGUUGCGCACCCAGCGGUCUUCGUCAGCGGAUAAGGCGCUGUGGGACAGUCUUUUUGCGACGAAGCGAAGUGGGCCACCACCCGUAACGGCGGCGGUGAUGAUGAUGCGCGGUUGCGGUAAGUUUUGUUGCUUGACCGCCAAUGUCUCCUUAUGACGUAUGCGUCUGGCGUAGCGUUAGGUAGUGUAUAAGCCGAAAUACAAUACAACUUUUGCACUGCUACACCUCCUUUACUAAACGCGGGAAACUUGUCGCGUAGCGGCGGCACAUAUGUACUAUGUAGAAGGUUUGACAAUGUCACUUUAUUUUUAUUUUUUUCCUUGGCCCUACGACGUAUGGAUGCAACGCG